CAUAGGGAGGCAGCGGGCACAGGGGGUCUCUGAAGCCCGGAGGAGUCCUGGUGCCUGGGCCCCCCCUCCCGGUGCACGGUGGAUCCCAGGGGGACUCCGGUCUCGAGAUCCGCCCGCGGGUUCUCCCCCUGCUCCCCCCGCGCUCGGUUCCCCGCCCGCUGCCAGGACCCCGCUGGAGCAGCCCGGACCCUCCGCCGCGUCCCGGGGGCGGAGGGGGGGCGGCCCCGGGGCCGGUGACGGCGGCGGUGACGGCGGCGGAGCAGGGAGCGCGGGGCGGCCCCGGCGCAGCGCCCGGCACCGCCUCCCGCCCGGGGCCGCCCCGCCCGGGCCGCCGCCGGCUCCAGCACCGCGGACAGCGCCCGGUCAGCACCGCGGACAGCGCCAGGCACCGGCGGCGGCAUCGGGGCCGCCCCCAUGGCGCUGCUCCGCGUCCUCUGCCUGCUCGCCGCGCUCAGACGGAGCCUGGGCACAGACACGGAGGAGCGGCUGGUGGAGUAUCUGCUGGACCCCGCGCGGUACAACAAAUUGAUCCGGCCGGCAACCAACGGCUCCGAGCUGGUGACCGUGCAGCUCAUGGUGUCGCUGGCGCAGCUCAUCAGCGUGCACGAGCGGGAGCAGAUUAUGACCACGAACGUCUGGCUGACCCAGGAGUGGGAGGACUAUCGCCUCACCUGGAAGCCGGAGGACUUUGACAACAUGAAGAAGGUCCGCCUGCCCUCCAAGCACAUCUGGCUGCCUGAUGUGGUGCUUUACAACAAUGCCGAUGGGAUGUAUGAGGUGUCCUUCUACUCGAACGCUGUGAUCUCCUACGACGGCAGCAUCUUCUGGUUGCCGCCCGCCAUCUACAAGAGCGCCUGCAAGAUCGAGGUGAAGCAUUUCCCCUUCGACCAGCAGAACUGCACCAUGAAGUUCCGCUCCUGGACCUAUGACCGCACUGAGAUCGACCUGGUACUGAAGAGCGAGGUGGCCAGCCUGGAUGACUUCACGCCCAGUGGCGAGUGGGACAUUGUGGCGCUGCCAGGGCGGCGCAACGAGAACCCUGAAGACUCCACCUACGUGGACAUCACCUACGACUUCAUCAUCCGUCGCAAGCCGCUCUUCUACACGAUCAACCUCAUCAUCCCCUGUAUCCUCAUCACCUCCCUGGCCAUCCUUGUCUUUUACCUCCCGUCCGACUGUGGGGAGAAGAUGACACUCUGCAUCUCCGUCCUGCUUGCCCUCACUGUCUUCCUCCUGCUCAUCUCCAAGAUCGUGCCACCCACCUCGCUGGACGUGCCGCUGGUGGGCAAGUACCUCAUGUUCACCAUGGUGCUGGUGACCUUCUCCAUUGUCACCAGCGUCUGCGUCCUCAACGUGCACCACCGCUCACCCACCACGCACACCAUGCCACCCUGGGUCCGCACCCUCUUCCUCCACAAGCUCCCGGUGCUGCUCUUCAUGAAGCAGCCGCGGCAGAACUGCGCCCGCCAGCGCCUGCGCCAGCGCCGACACACCCAGGAGCGCGCAGCCACCACCACCCUCUUCCUCCAUGCUGGCACCCGCACCUGCGCCUGCUAUGCCAACUCUGGCACUGCCAAGGCCGAGGGGCUCAACGGCUACCGGGAGCGGCAGGGGCAGGCACCGGCCCCCACACCCAGCUGCAGCUGUGGGCUGGAGGAGGCGGUGGACGGCGUGCGCUUCAUUGCUGACCACAUGCGCAGUGAGGACGAUGACCAGAGCGUGAGCGAGGACUGGAAGUACGUGGCCAUGGUCAUCGACCGCCUCUUCUUGUGGAUCUUCGUCUUCGUCUGUGUCUUUGGCACCGUUGGCAUGUUCCUCCAGCCCCUCUUCCAGAACUACGCCACCAACUCCCUGCUGCAGCUUGGCCAGGGCACCCCCACCUCCAAAUAGCACGGGGAACAGCCGGUCCCAGGGCCAGAGGGCCGGGUGCUGGGCUCAGGCAGCCCCUGCAAACCAAUAAAUACUCACAAAGGACA